GUGGCUGGGAGCUAGCAGGGACCGCGAGUGUUCGCACCACAUGAGGCAUAAUGACAGUUCUAUCACCUAGUUCUAUAGACGGUGGAAGCGCUUCGUUAGGCGCACGGGAACUGUUGCCACACUUCUAGUGAGACUGGCUUGCGGUGCGGGUUGUCUGUAGCACCUGUCCUGAAUGUCGGUCGUACCGUGAUAACAGAAGACGUCUAAAUCUUGACCCGAACCCGGGAGCAGAAAUGGCUAUGAGGAAGCAAAGGUCGAAAUGAUGUGGAGAAGCUGGUACAUAGGAGCAGGGAUAUCUGUGUACGUAAUCCUCCUCCUCUUGUCUACAACGGCGGUGCUUGCAUCGGACCGAUGGGCAAUUUGCGCGGGAGGAAGGCUCAAACAAUCCGAUAUAGAACAGAGAGCUGGACAUGGAGAGGACAGGGCGUACCGGCAGAAGGGAAACACUGUUAUCUUUGAGGUCGAUAUCCAAAGGCAUAAGAUGACAAGACAGAAAGACAAGCUUGUUGCUGCCUUGCUCACAGAAGCGACAGCCGCAACUCUACGAGACAUCGCAAUCACGCAAAACGACCACAGGAUACUAGAAUGGGUGGAAGGAAACGUGAGUUUGAUCACAGUCCACCCCGCACCACAGUUCCCCUUCGGUACGGAGAGGGGAACCACUGUUAUCGGGUACUAUGCAACCUUCGACUGCAGCUCAUGGACCUUCCCGGGCACCCUCCUCAAACAGGUUGUAGCGAGGAGUAAAGCCCAGCUGGGGGAGGUUGUAGGAGGUGAGGUCAUCGGGGACCCUGUUCUGUUCAUCCGAGGCUUGAGCAAUCAGAGGGCGAUGAACAGGGAAUAUUUCCUGGGCAUGGGCGCGCUGAGUCUGCUCGCUCUGCUGCUCCUAUGCGCAGGAUGGCAGGGAAACGGCGAGGAGGUCAAAGAGCUUUUCCUAUCUGCAUAACGAAAGGAACAGGAAUUCUGUAGAGGAACAAGCCAGG